UGCGUAAUGUACCAAGUAUCGUAAUCGUUCUCGCGGAGAUGAUAUAAUUCUCGAAUUGUGCGCUAAAAAGCUUGUUUCGUUGAGGGAAUUGGGUCGAUCCCACGUUCGUGUUCACGAUAGCGUCCUAACCUCUUCCUCGAAUUGUAUUCUUUGAAAAAGUUUUCUAUCUUUAAACAGAGAAACAUGAUUGAUCUUUUAAACGUUUACGAACGAUCCUUUUCGAGAGAAACAUUUAUUAUCGAUAUGUGACAGGGCAUGAAACCGUUAAUGAAAGAUGCUAAGACGCGCAUAGUUCGUGAUUAUGGAGUAUGACUCUGCGUCAAGCUGCGAAGGUUGUUUGAGAGAAUUUGAAGCUUCGGAAGAUUUCACACGUUCGAGAGAACCACGAGAAAUCGAACAUUCGACUUGUAACGCGAAUUCAGCACCAUGGCGAUCUUUACAAGUUGUCGCUUCGCAGCCGAAGCUCAAUCCGGGGACAACAAACAAAAGUCUUUCUUCACAGGUGAUGGAAUAUUAUCAUAAAUAUUCACAAAAUACAAAUUUAGACCAAUACUUUUCUUUGCCUGCGUCUAGUACAUCGCCAGAGGCCAUUAAAUAUUAUUACAGUAUAUACGAGUUGAAUCCCAAACUGAGCGGUAGUAGACAAGACUGUAUCGGAGAAGAGUAUAAUCUACGUUCGUACGGGCCCAAAGAGAGAAGGAGAUGGGUAAGGCCCCCUCUUAUUGGCCAAUCUUCGAGUACAGAUUCGUCGACCAGAUACGUUCAACCGUUGUCGAAUCCCAAUUCACUGUCGCCUGAUCUAAAACAUGUUACUACAGAAACAAUUCUGGAAGAGAAGAACGAAAGUCAAGAAACUUUACCAGAAGCCAUAGAACGUAAGAUCUCUUCUCCAACUUCUAGCAUUGCUUCUUACAAGCCGCUCGAAUGGGACAGUGGUGCAGACGUUGGUUAUUGUAAUAUAUUACCUCACAAUAAACAAAGCAACAAAAAAUUAAGUACAAUUGAACGUAUGGCUUUAGCUAGAGGUUGUUCCGCCGCUUUAAGACUUGAUCCCGAAGGUACUACAGAGUCUGGGAUUACAGGAAACCUUACGAUAGCUCAAAGUAACUUUAAAGCACCUGUUACUCCUGUAGCCAGUUCCACGCUUUUGUUAGGAAAUGCUUCGGGAUCGGAGAGUGAAAUUGAAAUCACUCCUAUCGUGAAAAAUCACUUGCCUGGUAUAAUAGCGGGAAACAAUAUAAAGUCCAACGAAAGAUCUCUUCCUAAAGACUUCAAGCAACAAGAUGCUGUUGCGUUGUAUAUUAAGAAAGAGCACAACCAUGACACGCCUAAAACAUUGUUUACAUAUAAGAUACCUUUUACGAAGCAUUACGUGGCGCGAAAAGCGGCAAGCAAGGAAAAUACAAACAAGGAAAACGUAUGCCCGCAGACGUCGCAUUUGAAGAAGAGCACGUCGAUGAACACGUUAGUUAUACCGCCCUCUAAAUCAAUAUUGAAAAGAAGUCAGAGUGAAUUGAAUCUGUACGCCAGGGAUAAAAAUAGGGCCCCGUUGCCGCUGAUUUUUAACUCUUCGUCGUCGAUCGCUACUAUUGUAAAUAAACCUUCUACUUGUGAUAAAGUUAUACAAACGAGCCUGAACGCUUACAGUCAGGAAUCCGUAGGCGUUCAAGUCUCGGUUCUCGAGGAGGAGAAGCCACCGUUACCAAAGAGAGGAACUAGUUUGCAAAAGAGUACGAACCUGAUUUUAAAGAACCCAAAAGGUACAUACAAAGUUCCAAAUUCGAGGCAAAAUCAAGAAGCAAGCGAUGCUGUAUCCAACGAACGCGACAAGGAGACAAAAUCGCGACGCAGUGGUUCGGAACCGUCGCAAAACGGGUCCGGGACGCAGACGCCUCAGCCCGACGACGCCGAAAAUGUAACGGGCAAGGCGAACAGCUUUGAAUAUUUUCCAGGGCACGUUUACGAGAACGUUCCGAACGGAAGCGGUAGCCACGUCUCGUCAUCGGACACAGGUAGGUCGCAAUCCACUCUACCCAAUACGAGUUCUAGCAUAAACGAGAAGCUAUGGGGAGACUCGGACAGCUUGGUGAGGGAUCUGGAACGAAGCGUGAACAUUCUGAAAAGCCUGGUCGACGCUAACAAAUGCGACAAAGAAGUGAAGAAAAGACUGUUGCAUCACGUGGUGAAGAGACUUAUAACCGCCAAAUACACGGACGACAAGAUCGAGCACAAUCUGGAGGAUAACGUUCCGUGGAACCCGGACGACGCCAGGAACAAAGUCUACAGAACGGAGAUACUUCAAGCUCUGACCAAGAAGCAUACUACCAGCGACUCGUCGGGUGACUGGAACGCGCACAAGGAAACCGUGCGCGGACGAAACCCCGCGGGCAACGCGAGAGCCAUCGCGAAAGACAUAGCUCUGGAGAGCAGCAGCGACAAGAUCGACAAGAACACCGACAGAACGGAGAACGAUGGACGGAAAGCGAGGAUGGGUCUAAGGUCGGACGAUUGUCGUCGAAGCAGCAACACUAUCACCGAUCCGGACAAGAGCGAAAGCUCCGAGUGCUUUUUCCCCCAAAGAGGCCGCAAAGGCAACAAAGCGCAGAACAUAUUCUGCGCGAAAGAGAGAUGCAAAAUGUCGCGGGAAGAUUCGACGAUGACGAACAUCACGCCGCCCGAUCACAACAGAAUGUUGCUGGACGCGGUGGUUAACAACAGAAGAACCGGGAAUGCGCUCUCGAGCAACAGCGCGGCGGAACAAGUUGACUGGCGGCUGCUCACGACGCUGUCCGAGAGACAAUUCGAGCUGAAGAAGUGCAACAAUUCCGAUUCCGGGGACUCGAAGUUGGUCAGCUACGCCGAGAUGGAAAAGAGGAAUCAACUGAUCUGGAUCACAAACGAGAUCAGCCACUUGUCCAAUCUGAAGAAAUUGUUGGAGGAACCGCGAAGAUUGGAGAGACCGGUGAGGAUGUCGCCCAGGAAACCAAGAUCUACGAACUUCAAGCCAAAGACGGCGGCGUCUGACGCGCGGGCCCACAGACUGGCCAAGGAAGACGACUUCAAUUCCAUGGGGGAACCGUGGUCGUCGCACUGCAAUCUAGCAACGUGUCAGCCGGACAGCAGAACGAACAGCGCGAUACAGCGCGUCAGAAAGCGCAACAGCUGCGCUCAAACGGCGACCAACGUCACCGGUGCUCAUUCGAAGACCGGCGGUGAGAUCGUGUCCGCGUCGAACCUGCAAAAUUCUACGACGAAAUUGAUAAAUACCGGCGUGCAAACGGUACCCCAGGAAGCGUCCGCGAUCCCGACCUUGAUACAGUCCGAGAUCGUGCAUUACAUCAAGUGUCCGGCGCAUAACGCGAUGCAUUUCCAGAAUAGUUGUAAACGCAACGCGGAAGCUAAUCAGUGUCCGAAGCAUUGUUCCAUUCAGAACGUGGUGGCUGCUUGCGUGCACUGUUUGCAGGAACAAAAGGAUCAGUCGAACGUGAUUAAAAUGACGGACCACUUGCGAGAAGGGAGCCCAGUCGAUUCGCAAACGCCGUCGGAACGAAUCAACGCCGACAGCGCCAGCUCGUCGGAAACGGCUCGACCGUGUACGAGCAAGGAGGUUAGCCAGUUGAAACAGAAGGAGACCAAGAAUCAGAUAAACGCCUCGAAAUCGAGGCACGCUUGCGAUUGCAGACGCGAGAACAAAAGGCCGUUGUCCAAAGGAUGCCAAACCUGUUCCAUUCCGCAGGGGGCGCUGCUGGAGUCCAACAACGCCGCGAAGUGCGAGGAAUGUCAGAAAAAGAUGUUCCACGCGCGGGAAGAUACGAACUCGAAAGGGUGUAGCUGCGCCACCGCGUGCGAGUGCGAAAAAAAUCGAUGCGUUUCGAGCUUCGAUCAAAACGGUCGCGUCGAGCCGUGCGAGUGUCCGACCGAUUGUUCCUGCGAAAACAAUCGCGAAUCGGAAACCCACCACGCGAAAACGUUCUGCAGCUGUCAUUCGAAUGGCACCAAAGUUCAACAGAACGGUGCACGUCAGUCACGGUCUUACCGCCUGGCCAACGGGCAAGACGGUGAAACUAAUCAGUAUAAACAGCAAAACAGUCUGAAAUGCAACUGCGAGAAAGAUUGUUCGUGUAACAACAGAAUUGCAAAUGGCGGCGAGGAGAAGUUGCACAGCAGAGGCUGCAACAGUCUCGUCAAGCUGAAUUACGCGGACGAGACGAGCCAACGUUCCAACGAUUCUGAUAGGGAUUGCAAACAUUAUCGUCGCUGCGGGGCGGUUUGUCAGAACGCGAAGAAAUGUAGCUAUUAUCAAACGUACCCGAAACCGGUCGCGUACGAAUUGUCGUUCGCGAAAGAGGACGAGCGUAAAAACGAUGGCUCGGGUGGGUUGUCGAAAGUGCCAUUACCGAAUCGUACCGUCAAUGGAAAUAAAACCGAUGGCUGUGCCUGUAAUAUGAUAAAAAAGAUUAGUUUGAAUAAGAGCUCCCCGCAAAAGAACACAUUACAGGAUUACUUGUCCAGAAACAAAGCGGAAUUCGUGAGCAACGCAGAGACGCGUCGUCAGUACAUGUCGGAGAUAUCACACCUGCGACAGUUGCGCAAAGAGAAACGAAUACAGUUGCUGGCGAUGGCUAGUACGUCGAGCGUCGUUAAAUCAUCGAAGGUGUCUUCUAAACCGACAGUUUACACGCAGAAAAAGGUGAGCGACCAGGAUAUGAGAGAAAGGCUGAGAAAACGAUAUCUUCGGUUGAACGAAGUGCGAUACAAAAGGCGACAGCAGGAAAAGCAGGAAGAGGCACGUCGUAACAAGCUGAUGGCCAAAAUCUUUUGUAAAAAGUUACAACAAAAGGUAUUGAGAGGCCAAAUAGACUUGUCUCAAAGCGUUAGCGUUAUAUCCAACAUGUAAUGUUAAAGAGAUGUUUGCGUUUUGCGUAAUUAUAGAUAAAUUAGCGAAUUAUGGCCCGACGUUUAGAUAAGUCUAUAGAGGAACGUACAAACUAUUUUGCCUUUUGAAUUUUAAGGAUCAUUAAAUACAAAGAUCUUAUUUUAAAACACCUUUACUGUUCUUUGCGAUACUGCAUAAAUACGCUACUAACAUGCGACGUAAUGUUUACUAUUUUUAAUUUAAGACGCGAAAACUAAUAAUUCUAUUACGCAUACAUGCGGGCGCGUGCACACGAAACGAAUCGGUGAAAUAGAAAGUUUAACGAUCCAAGGGUAUCAAUCUCCGUAAUCUAGUUAAGAAUAGAAGUAUUACAACUCAUUGUUCUACAAGAUUUGUGCCUAGAGUCUACGGUAUUUAUAUCAAGUUUAAAGAAAUUUGUCUUGCCAAGAUAUUUUCAUACUAAGAAUAUAUAUAUAUAUUUAGAAAAUGUUGCGACGUACGUUAGAUACGACAGCAAGGAACCUUUAUUCUUUUGCGAAACGAUGAGGAACUUCUUCGUGACACAAACGGCUUCACGUUUUAUUGGUAAAAUGCUUUCGGAGCUUGUCACGCCGAAGAAUCGUUCGAUCGAACUAAAUCGCACGUUUGUGAGAUGCUUUAAAACGACGAAAGUAGUUGUUAGUACCUGAAUCACAGUACACAAUCCUUUGUUACUCGUAAGACUUAGAUAGUAU